CGGACAUGAGAAGGCGAAAGCACGUCACCGCUGCCCCCACAUGGCACCCCACUAAUGCCUUACAACUACGGUUACAUACACACAGGGCGUCGCAUCUCAUCAGCCUUCAAAGGACGGCUCUUUCAUUCUCUGGCGGAUCAGAGGGUGCUGUUGUAAAUCAAUUAUUCCACAUACCAACGCAUUCAAAUAGUCAACAUGGGAGGCGGACCAGAAGCACCGUCAAAGAAAGAGAAGGAGCUCGUCCUCGCCGUCCUUCCCUGGCCCAAAGAGCAAUGUCAAGCCAGCAUCGAUGCGCUCGAAAAGAAUUUUGCGCAUCUCGAAGUCCAGUACUACUAUUCGCACUUCGAGAAUGGCAAAGUGACCGUCGACGACAUCCCCGAAGACCUCCCCUCAAAGGCAUCAUACAUCGCGACGCUCUUCUGGCUUCCCGAGAACGCCGACGAAAUCCCGAAAACCAAACUUAUCCAAUUUUUCUCCGCGGGUACGAACCAUGUGGCUAAGCACCCAAUUUACAUGGAUUCUAAGAUUCCGCUGUGCAGCGCGAAUGGUGUGCACGGGCCGCAGAUUGCGGAGUGGGUUGUUAUGAUGGACCUUGUGCAUGCGCAUAAUUAUACGAAGCUGUAUGAUUUACAGAAGGAGAAGACGUGGAAUCAGAGGGCCGGAAUGAAUGUCAGUGAUCGUGUGGGAAAGAGGGUGGGGAUUCUGGGGUAUGGGAGUAUUGGCCGGCAGGUCGCUCGUGUUGCGAAAGCUCUGGGCCAGGAUGUCAUUGCAUAUACAGCAAGUCCACGCAGAACCCCAGAGAGCAAGAAGGACGACGGAUACAUCGUCCCCGGAACCGGCGACCCAGAUGGCAGCAUUCCCAGCGCAUGGUACAGCGGAACCGCGAAAGGAGAUCUUCACAACUUCUUGAAGCAAGAGAUCGACCUGCUGGUCGUUGGUGUGCCUCUAACCAAAUAUACCACGCACCUGCUUUCUACCGACGAAUUCGAACUCCUGCACCGGAGCAAUCCGCGCGGCACAUACAUUGCCAACAUCGCACGUGGUCAGAUCAUCGAUCAAAAAGCUCUAAUUACUGCGCUUGAGACAAAUCAGAUUCGCGGUGCUGCACUGGAUGUGACUGACCCAGAACCACUUCCCAAGGACGAUCCUUUGUGGACUGCGCCUAAUGUCUUGAUCACACCGCAUAUCAGUGGCUCUAGUGACGCGUAUGCGGAGCGAGCGUUCCAGGUACUUGCUGAGAACAUCAGACGGGACCGAGGAGGAGGCAAGCUGGUCAAUGAAGUCGACCGCGACAGGGGGUAUUAGCACGCGGAGAAAUGCUCAGUAGGCUGUUAUACC